CAUUCUGCUGCUCCAAGGCAGCGCUCCGAUGAUCAUAGUUGCUCGAGGUCCACGUCCUAUCCACGCUCACCUGCAUUGUCUUAUAAUGCAUCAGUCGGUUCUAGCCAUUCAUCUUUGGAAUUUUCUUUCUGAAGCCAAAGAUCAGGAUUGUCUGGAUGGAGGACAUAGAUUGAACUCUUAGGGAAAAGUCGACAAACGGAUGCCAUCGCAAGGCGUCAUGGUACAGGAAGAUCUCGAAGAAUGUUAUCAAGUCCCGCAGGAAGGAAUGACGUCGAUGUCUUUGGAAGAAGCCGGACAGGAGAUCAUCACACACGAAGAGGGCGAACAAUGGCAGCCCCAAGGAGGCAUUCAAAACCUCCCAGAACCAAUCUUUAGGAACAUUCUUGAAAGACUGGAGUGGACCGAGUGGGUGAAGAAUCGACUUGUGUGCGUUUGGUGGAAUACCAUUCUGAACCAACCGCAUCUGUCUAUCUCAUGCAACGCAGCUUCCUCUUGUCAGAAAAAUGGACCACGUUUGUUGCUCACAGAUACUGGUGUGCAGAAUAUUUUCGUAACUCCUCCACUCAGCAAAUGGAUUAAUAACGAGGCUGAGAUAUUCCCUUGGAGUCGAUUGCCUCUUCCCCGUCUAACAACAGAUCCGUGUCUGAAAUUGAUCUCUACAACAGCUGGCCUUUUGAUGUUCGCACGCUGGCGAGAAGAAGAGCAGAGGUAUGUCUACUUGCUGUACGAUCCAGUGUACAGGACUACGAGAGAGGUGCCCCCUCUGUUGCCAUGGCAUAGGCUUCCUGGAAGUAGUAGUACCAGCAGCGAGGCAGCCUCGACCAUGUUCCCUUCUCGUGGAGCUGGAAGUUAUGAAGUAAGGCCAUCAAUCAAGCUGAUUGCUAUUCAGAUUUAUGUACAACAUUACGUUGAGUAUUUGAGAAUAUCAAAAUACGUUUCAGGCGGAAACUCUUGGGAAGUAAUUUCGGACUUCCACAGAAAAGGUAAGAAUGGGCGAGGUACUUCUAAAUAUACGUAUUCAGGUAUAAUGAACUCAUUGAAUCGAUACGUGAGUAAUGUGUGCAUUAUUGGAGAUCGGACUUUCCUUCUCAUGAGUCCAAACUAUGACCCUAAGGUCUACUUUUGCGAUAAUGAAUCUGAGCCUUCUGAGGAGAAUAAGUUAUGCGAGAUCGUCUCCAACGAGCUUAAGAACAUUCCUCUGCCUAUUUUUAUGAGAAGGAAAUGCCAGAUACAAAUAUUUGAGUAUGGACGACUUUUGUACGUGGCACGAAUUUGUAGAUGGCCUAAAGAGAAAGUACAGCUCUGGAAGGUUUCAGAUCCAAGGAGACACUUCGAUACCAAACUGGUGAGUACUAUGCCAGCAGAGUUCGCUUGCGACCUCUUACACAGAAGUUACGACUUCGAAGAGUCAAGCAUACUCUCUAUCCACAUCGAGGCUGAGGGAGACUACGCGUGUUUUACUGAAAAUUAUAAUCCCAGUAGUGUCAUCGUCUUCAAUCUGAAGAAGAUCGAGUGGAAGAAGUUUGACCUCAAUUUUGAUCACCGGGGCCGAUUUCAUGGUAGUAGUUUCAGGUCUUUCCUUUGGCAGCCGAGACUUGAUCUGUGAGUGACUGCUGCUUGCAUGAUUGUCCGUUUUCAAUUGCUCUAAAUGAUUCAAUAUUUUGCUCUUGAUUUCAGUGCUAGAACAUUUCAGUUUUUGAAUAGUCCACAAGUUUUAGCUUCCUCGGAGUUAAGUUAUAUAAUAAAAGUUGUAUAGAAGGGUACCA